GCGUUAAAUCAGAAUACAACUGCCUUCAAUGGUUAUCGCUUUACGGCUUUAAGCUUCCUCUGAUCUAUCUGGUCGGAGGGAAAUACAUGGAAGGAUGUUUCACCAAUCGAUAGAGAAGGAAUCAGAUGCCCAUGGACAUCGUGACCAUGCAGGACUACAAGUUCCACAACAGCAAGAGCAGCGGCAACAUGACCACCACCAUCAACAAUAUCACCCGAACAUAGAACUUGAGUAUAGCUACCAUAAGAAAUCACUAUGUAAUGCAUAUGUAUUGUGUAUCGUCGGUUUCCUGGGCACUCACCAUUUCUAUCUCGGCCGUUAUGUCUUUGGUAUUGCUUACCUAAUGACGUUCGGGUUAUGCGGCAUUGGAUGGGUCAUCGACUGGUUCCGGAUGCCGUGUUUGGUCAAUCAAGUAAAUCGGCAACUCAAAGAAGACCUACAGCGUCAAUAUGGCCAGAAUGAGUUACCUGGGCCACCACACACAAGGAAAUGGACACCCCAUGACAAAAGUCUUUUUGAUGCCUACAUUUUGUGGUUUCCUUUUGGGAUGCUUGGAGUAACCUAUUUCCUGACCUUUGGAUUAUGUGGAGUUGGAUGGGUAGUUGACGUGUUUCGAAUGCCGUUCCUUGUCAAGAAAGCAAACAGCGACAUAAGGCAGAUCCGCGACGCUGAGCCUAUUGCAAGUAUAUGGGAUGAAGAGAAGAGGCUUGACGAUGCCUAUACGUUGUCCUUCCCGUUAGGAUUUCUUGGUCUGCAUCAUUUCUACCUCAACAGAAUUUUCUUUGGUUUUAUGUACCUCUUCACAUUUGGAUUAUGUGGUUUUGGGACGGUAGUUGAUUGGUUCAGAUUGCCUUGUCUUGUGAAAAGGACAAACACAGAGAUAAGGGAGGAUAAACGAGAUUACAGAAAUCUAUUUGAUGCGUACCUCUGUGGAUUUCCCCUGGGGUUUCUCGGUCUCCAUCAUUUCUAUCUGAGGAAUCCAGGAUGGGGUGUAACGUAUUUUUUAACAUUAGGUUUAUGUGGCAUUGGGUGGUUAAUAGAUUUAAUCCGCAUGCAUUGGUUGGUAAAAUCUGCAAACGAGCAUGUUGAGCAGCGUCGUCAUCUCUUUGGAAGUCCUCGAAGCAGACGAAAUUAUUUCUUCAGUGGACAGCCACGAGGGAUGAACCAUACAGCACCACAAGGGCCUCCUCAGUCAGACCCUCGCAUCCAACACGGUUACUCUCAGAACAAUUAUCCUGGUUCAACUUCUAGUUUGGAAAGUGGAAGGCCUUCACAAACUACAUAUCCCCACCAUUUACAACAGCCAAACAUGGCACAUGGGUACCAGGGAGGUGCCCAGCCACCGUCAAACUACGAUCUUCCUCCUCCAUAUACAGAAAUAGAUGAUCAAAUGGAAAUAGGGCACAAUGGGACUGACUACAAUGAGGACCAUCCUGAGGCUACACAACAAACGCAACCCACAGCACCACCUUAUAUCAAAAUGUAAACAAAGGUGAAUGUGACUACAUUCACGCAGGAGGCGUAUCUGGGGGAUCCAAAAAUACUCGCGCCGUCGCCCACACACCAAAAUCACGGUCAAGUAGUUGAAAAUCAUCUCAAAUCACCUUAUUUUGCGAGGCAGUGCCUACUCACCUAAUCAUCUAGCUCCCGCCCCCCACCUCACCUUCCCCAUUACAAGACUCUACAUACACCACUUCAUUCACGUUCCUUUUUGAUAUAAUGCCACCCAAAUUUUAUUGUACAAUUUUCAUAUAUUUACCUGGAAGUAGUAGUAUAAUGUUUAGGGAAACAGCUUUUUAUAAUUAUAUUUGAUAUUUGAAACAUAACAAUCCUUUAAAAAUUAAUACAAAGCUUAAUUUAAGUUGAUCAAAUAAGCUAUUAAUUUAAUAUUUUCAAUGAUCACACAGCAAAACAAAUGCGUUUGAUAUAUAGACAUUUUACUACAGAACUCCUUAAAUAAUUACAGUAUAGCAGCAAAUGUACGCGUCUUUAUAGGAACAAUUUUACAUAAUAUUUUAAUUAUAAAUUAUAACAACUUUAUUAAGUAAGUCAUAUAUAUAUAUAUAUAUUAAUGCCUUAUAUAGGCCUAUUAUAUAUAUAUAUACUAAUAAUUAUAUACGUUUUGAUAUAAUCGAUUAGUAUGACAGACACGUUACUAUGCUAUAUAUA